AUUAAGAUGUUAAUAACUUAAUUUUGGAAACUAACUUUAAAAGAAAUUAAAAGCCAAAACACAAAAAGUUAUCAAAAUUACUUUUUAUAUGUGUGUGUGUGAAUUUAUUCUAAAGCUGAUUGAGAAAGUGUAAUUUAAAUUGGUCAUGAUAAUAACUUUUUUCCCAUACAGAAAAGUUAUUUUCUUUUUCCUCCUAAGAUCUAACUAUUGUAGAUUAAGAUUCCCCCAUUCAUUUAUAUCUUUUUCUUACUUUUUGACUUUUGUAUAUAUAUAGAUAGUAUAUAUAAAAACCACAAGUCAACACAAAAUUUGCGAGAGAUUAAAAUCAAUUUACAUAACUUUUUUAAAAACACAAUAAACAAUUACAAUAUACGGGAAGUCAUUGCUAGAAUAAUAAGUAACGAUUUAAAAAAUUAUCGAAUAUAACAACAACAUAUGACGAAGAAAAUUGAAUCGCUAAUAGUGUUAGAGGGGAUUGAAGAGAAGGGUAAGAGAAUAGAAGUGGAGUUGUUGGACAAACCAAAACAUAAGGAAAAGAAAGGGAAGGAGGUGAUGAAGAUGAAUGAACCAGAGUUGGACGUCUUGAAGGAGAGGGACUUAAUAAAAAUGCCUACAGAAGUUGUAUGUGAAUCGACAUCAACUUUGCCAUUAGCGUUGAAGUCGAUUCUCAGAUAUGCUGAGAAGGUAAUGGAGAAAGAUUCCAGCAUCACUUUUUCACUACCUGCUGACCUUUUUGGCGUUAGUCGAAAGACUUCUGUGCUUCGAGAGGAGAUCGUUGAUCUUUGUAACAUGAACGAAGUGAAAACGUUUACAUUGGUGGCCUAUAUGAUGUACUUGUAUUCGUCUGUUAGUGGUUCGAAAGAAAAUAUGCAGUAUGUCUUUGUAGAUCCGUCCCUGAUCUCUUCUGGAAACACACAAGAAUCUCGAAUUCGAAACUUGUGUAGUAGAUUGAUGGUGUCCAAACCCGACCAAGUAGUUCUUGCUCCUUUUAAUCCCGGGGGUCAUUGGGCACUGCUUGCUAUAAAUGCGUAUGAGGAUACAGUGUUUUACCUUGACUCGCUAAGGACGACAUCAAAAGCAACUACAAGAUAUGUAACCGACACAGCAAUAGCAAUAUUUCACUCGCAAAAGAACAUUAAUAAAAGCAGGAAACAAACUUUAUGGCGAACAGUAAAGUGUCCACUACAAGUCGGGAGCACUACGUGUGGAUACUAUGUCAUGAAGUAUAUGAGAGAAAUUGUAAAUAGGGGAAGCAUUGUCAUCUCGGAUUCGAUUGAUACACGAAAAUCAUACUCACAAGCCGAGUUAGAUGAGGUGCGGGUUGAGUUGGUAGAGUUUUUGGGUUCGUACAUGUGAUCUAGGACUUAUGACGUCAUCUCUGCAAAAGGAAAUUAACUUUAUUUUUUGUGGCUGAUUUUUUGAAAUGUUCAUAUGGAGGGUAGAGGUUAAUUGAUAUACUUUUGAGACUUUGUAGAGGAUUAGAGUUUAGGUGAAUUGUUGAUAGGUGAACUGUUCAUAUAUGUAGGGGGUUGCCAUUAUGAAAGUUUACGGAUUGGGGAUGAUAUACUUUUGGGCUAGGUUAGUUAAAUAGAUGAUGUUUAGUUCAAUUCUUGGAAAUCUGUUGAAAUUGUUUAUAUAUAUAUAUAUUGGUUUUGUAAAUGAUAUAUGAAUAUGAUGCAAAGUUUUGGAAAUGAUAUUGAAUGGAUGAUGUUUAGUUGC